GCGAAUACCGACGGCGAGAGCUUCUCAUCUUUUCUCUCAGGCAGUUCUACUCUUCGGAUCAAACGAUGUCUCUAGUUGCGAACGAGGAGUUCCAGCACAUUCUGCGUGUGCUCAACACUAACGUUGAUGGCAAGCAAAAGAUCAUGUUCGCCCUUACCUCCAUCAAGGGUAUUGGAAGGAGAUUGGCCAACAUUGUCUGCAAGAAAGCUGAUGUUGACAUGAACAAGAGGGCUGGUGAGUUGUCUGCAGCUGAGAUUGACAACCUUAUGACCAUCGUUGCAAACCCAAAGCAGUACAAGAUCCCAGACUGGUUCUUGAACAGACAGAAGGACUACAAGGAUGGAAAGUACUCUCAGGUUGUUUCUAAUGCCCUCGACAUGAAGCUUAGGGAUGAUCUUGAACGUCUCAAGAAGAUCAGGAACCACCGUGGUCUGAGACACUACUGGGGUCUCCGGGUCCGCGGACAACACACCAAGACAACUGGUCGCAGAGGAAAGACUGUUGGUGUCUCUAAGAAGCGUUAAGACAAUGAUGCUAGCUGCGGCUGGAUUGGAUCUUUGAUAAGAACCGGUUUUAAGUUUUUCUUGUUUCGUACAAUUUUGUAAGACUCAAAAGACUCGGUUUUGGCUCAGUGCCAUCUUUUGUUUUCCUUCUCUAGUAACAUCUUUUGUUUUCGUUAGUAAGAGUAUUCAAUGUUCGUCGCAUUUCUGUUUUGGUAGAAGACCGAGUAUUUGUUUCGGUUUUAAAAGAGUCUAGGUGUUUUGCCCGCCCUGCUGGUUUAAGCCUUUUAUAACUAUUUGUUAGUAA